UCCACGCAGCACUGACUGCCAAAAAGACUUGUGGCCACUAUCUCUUUCCUCUUUCUACCAACUCCUUUGUUCACCAACUGUUUCCCUCCUGAUACACCAUGGACCCAAAUGCCAUCAAGGAGGAGCUGCGCCUGUUUCAGAGCACCCUGCUCCAGGACGGCCUGAAAGAGCUGCUGAAUGAGAACAAGUUUGUGGACUGUACCCUGAAGGUAGGCGACCGUAGCUUCCCCUGCCAUCGGCUGAUCAUGGCUGCCUGCAGCCCUUACUUCAGGGAGAUCUUCUUUACUGAAGAUGGAAAGGAGGUGGAGAACACCAAAGAGGUGGUCCUUGAGGAUGUUAACCCCUCCAUCCUGGACAUGAUCAUCCAGUACCUCUACUCAGCCGAAAUUGAUCUCACUGAUGACAAUGUUCAGGAUAUCAUUGCUGUGGCAAACAGAUUCCAGAUUCCUUCUGUCUUCACAGUGUGUGUCAACUAUCUUCAGAAGAAGCUAUCUUUGAGUAACUGCAUGGCCAUUUUUAGGAUGGGCCUGGUUCUCAGCUGCCCCAGGCUUGCCGUUGCUGCACGCAACUACAUUGCCGACCGCUUUGAACUCCUUUACAAGGAUGAAGAAUUCCUCAAACUCGCAGCCCAUGAACUAUUUGCCAUUAUCGGUGGAGACUCAUUGAAUGUAGAGAAAGAGGAACUGGUUUUCGAAGCCGUCAUGGCCUGGGUCCGCCAUGACAGGGAGAAACGCCUCAAAGUCCUGAAGGAUGCUUUCAACUGCAUCCGCUUUCGCCUCCUACCGGAGAAAUACUUUAAAGAGAGAGUAGAGACUGAAGAGAUCAUCAAGGCUGACCCAGAGCUUCAGAAGAUGAUCCAGGUCAUCAGGGAUGCUUUCAAGGGUAAACUGCCAGAGAAAUCCAAGAAGGAGGGGGAGGAGGGGGCGGACAAGGAAGGAGGCGAAGAGGAGGACAAUCCAUUCCCUGGCUUCCUGAAUGACACCCGCAGACAUGGCAUGUAUGCACGAGACUUCAUCCUGAUGAUCAAUGACACGGCAGCAGUGGGAUAUGAUGUCACUGAGAACGAGUGCUUCCUGGCUGCCAUGUCAGAGCAGGUGCCACGUAACCAUGUUAGCCUGGUGACAAAGAAGAACCAGCUCUACAUCAUUGGAGGACUGUUUGUCGAUGAGGAAAACAAGGAUGUUCCUCUGCAAUGUUAUGUGUAUUUGUUGGAUCCACUCAGCUCAGACUGGAUCGCCAUGCCCCCAAUGCCUUCUCCAAGAUGCCUCUUCAACAUCGGAGAGAACGAGAACCUGCUGUUUGCUGUGGCUGGAAAAGACCUCCAGACCAAUGAAUCACUUGAUAGCGUGAUGUGCUAUGACACCGAGAAAAUGAAGUGGAGCGAGACCAAAAAACUUCCUCUGAAGAUCCAUGGCCAUGCAGUUGUCUCCCACAAGGGGAUGAUCUACAGCAUUGGAGGAAAGACAGAUGACAACAAAGCCCUCAACAAGAUGUUUGCGUAUAACCACAAACAGUCAGAGUGGAGGGAGCUGGCAGCCAUGAAAACUCCCAGAGCCAUGUUUGGAGCAGUCAUCCACAAUGGCAAGAUCAUAGUAGUUGGUGGAGUCAACGAGGAAGGCCUCACCGACACAUGUGAAGCCUAUGACUUUGCAACGAACAAGUGGGAGCCCUUCACAGAGUUUCCUCAGGAGAGAAGCUCUGUCAACCUAGUGAGCAAUAGUGGCUCCCUUUAUGCUGUGGGUGGCUUUGCUAUGGUUCAGAUGGAGAACAAGGAGGUGGCUCCCACGGAGGUCACUGACGUCUGGCAGUAUGAGGACGACAAGAAGCAGUGGAGCGGUAUGCUGAGGGAGAUGCGUUACGCCGCUGGUUCCUCCUGUGUUUCUAUGCGCCUCAAUGCUUCAAGGAUGCCUAAACUGUAGACACAACCAUUUUUUUCUUUCUUAGCCCCCCGGCAUCAACACCUUCUGACACGCUCUUGUCCUCAGGCGAGCUGCCCUCAGGGCACCUAAUCCUCUCUACUCAGAUUUCUGUGCGUCAAGUUGAUCUUUGACAUUAAUUUUUCUCUGAACUAAGCUGAUUUUUAUCUCUACAAUAAACACUUACUUCUGCUGCCACUUCAAAGACUGCACCAUCCCGACAGUGUGAUUUCUAAAACUCUGUUUACAUCAUUUCUAGCUUCCCUUUUGUAAAAUAAACAUUUGUAAACUUC